GCACUACAGGUCCCGCGACAAUCCAGUCAUCUCCCCCCCUAUGCAACCUAUAUCACCGGACAUCUGCCAAUCCAUCAUCACCCUUACUCUCAAUCCCAAUAAUCCGGCCAACACAACCUUGCUCGAUGAAAACGGGAAUAGAAUUUACAGCAUCUGCACCACCUUCGACGAGAAAGAGGUCCCUACUACGACAGUAUACGACGAGAUCGGGAAGAGAGUUGCUGAUUGGAGAUGGAAAGAACCGCGGUUAGAUGCACAGAUGUUGAGGUUUGAGAGGACAGGGUUUGGCAAAGUACAGGAGAGAGCGCCUGCGAGCAGGUGGUUGAGGAAGAAUAUCGUCCCUUUCAAAACAACGGUAUUGUUCCACGAUCUCCAAGGCCGCGAGUUCAAAUGGAAGAACAACAAUCCAGGACUAUACCUACAACUCGUCUCUACCUCAAACACCGGCACUCCCAUCGCGCGCUUCGUCCCACCCACUAGGGCACGAGACGGCCCAAACCUUUCCAAUAAUCGUAACCUCUUUAAUAUCGGCACGGAAUCAAAGCCUAACGAAGGCCUAUUCACCGUAUACUCUUCCUCUCCGCCAUCUAGCUACGACGACGGUUGUACAACAGGAUGCGGCAUCGUCCUCCCCCAACUUCUCAAAUACUCUCCUUCUCAGCCGGACAUGCCAACUCCUCCUACUCCCGAUCGCAUCGUGUCCGCCAAACCUCCUCCUUUCACGACACCUGCGAAACUAGUACUCAAUGAAGGCGCAGAUAUAAUGGACGAGGUGAUCGUCUCGUGGGCGUUAUUGGAGAUCGCGAAGAGGAAGAAGGAGGAAGACGAUGCGAAACGGAUUGGAUCGGGGAUGAUUUGUUAGGAUGUUAUGUUCUCGAUAAUAAGGUACAGGAUGUACGUGUACGAGUGGUGGGCGGGACAGGUGGGACGGCGGGGUUGGAUGAGAUUGGAGAUCGGGUGGGCGAGUAGGGCUAAACCGGGUUGAUUCGGAUGGGAAGUCGGGUAGGAGUGCGUCGGACUGGGCGAUAAUUCGGUUGGUCGAACGUCAUGAUGGGUUUUGUACGAGUACGCCUGCUUCACUACUUCACUCUAUUAUUCGCGUGUACUACUGCAAUUACAUUUCUUCUUGC